UGGCCUUAUUACGAACGGAGCGUUCGGACGCUACGAACGGGGCGAAACUGGCCCUACUAGGAAGAAGUACCGCAUGAGCUCGGGUGGAUGCGGCUCGCUCUCUUUUCUCCACUGAGCUGUGUCCUUUGGAGUCCUCGGGUUUGGUGCCAAGAGCCGCCGCCCAGGAUCCAUCUGGUCACGUUCACUUCCGACCCGAACUACCAGCGUGCCUUUGAGGCGUCCUUGACCGCGAAGGAAGAGUUCGCGGCACACUGGGGAUAUUCCUGGGAGGUGUUCAAUGACAACACCAUCGACUGUGACCAGUUCCGUCCCUUCCGCUGGCGAGGGGACUUUCGCUACUGCAAGCUGCAGGCCUUGAAGACGAUCUGGAGCCGUGUGAGGAAGCUCCAGAAGUCCGAGACGCAGCUGCCGCCCCGCCGUGACUACAUCUUUUGGCACGAUGUGGACACCCACAUGAUGAAGCCGGAGAUCCCUUUGACCCACUUCCUGGAACGCGCCAACUAUACGCCCAUGGUCUUCACUGAAAAUGCCUUGUCCCUGAACAACGGGGUCUUCUUCCUUCAGGUUGACCAGGGCCCAGCCAAGCGCUUCUUCUCUGCCUGGCGCAAGGGCUGCCGUCAGCGCGAAUGGCCUUGGGCCGAUAAUGGCUGUAUGUACGAGGUCUUGCUGCAGCUCUUGGGCGGCGAGCAGUAUCGCGGCUCCUGCCGGAGGUUUUCGCAGGAGAGCUUCAAUGAAUCGCAGCCAGAGCCGCUCACGGGCGAAGAUUUGAUGAACUGCUUCAACUCGGAGAUGAGUUCCUUAGGUCUGGGCUGUUGCGACCGGAAGUUGCAGGAUUUCGCCUUCCUCACGGGCGAGGACUCCUUCAAUCAUCACCCCUGUGAAGAGCUCCUGAAGAAGCCCAAGCUCCAGGAGUUCGACCGAACCUUGAUACGGUCUCAUUGCUUCAAAGAAGGCAUGUUCAUGGUGCACUCGAAGAACUUGACCUACGCGCAAGAGUCCUUGCGGCGGGUCCGUGCGCUGAAGAGCGAGCUGUAGGCGCUGGGCGCUCAGUCAGACGAGACUCUGUGUCGCUCAAAGCAGCGACGUCGAAGUGAAAUGGUGAGCAUCUCAGAAUGGAUC